AUGAGUCACAGGGCGGGACCUUAAUUGCCCUCCUCCUAAUUUUUUUUUCUUGUCCCACUGCUGUUAUGCGCCUGCUCACCACUGCUUUACGUCGUCGGUCGCCAGCUUUCUUCCCUCGUCCACCGUUCUCUUUCUUCCGCAAAAUGUCCUCCGACGUCGACGCGCUCGCUGAUCGCGUCCAGGCCCUCGGCUUUGGCAAACCCGCCCUGCUCAACAUCCCCGGACAGGCUGGGCCCCUCAACCUCGCCUCAAACCCGGUCGACCUAUUCCGCGCGCACAUCACCGCCCUCCUCCACCCCGUCACCGGCGUCGCCCCAGAGAUCAUCGCGCCUGCGCUCGAGACCACCCUUCUCCCCGAGCGUGGUGACUUUGUUCUUGCCGUCCCUCGUCUCCGCGUCAAGGGCGCUAAGCCCGACGAGCUGGCUGAGAAAUGGGCGUCUGCCUUCCCCGCCUCGGAUCUGCUCUCAAAAGUCGUUGCCAAGGGUCACUUCGUCCAGUUCUUUUUCAACCCGCUCGUUCUCUAUCGCAUGACCAUUCCUCAGAUCCUCGAACCCAACUCCACCUUCGGCAACUCUACUGUCGGCAAUGGCAAGCGCAUCAUCGUCGAGUUCUCGUCUCCCAACAUCGCAAAGCCUUUCCACGCUGGCCAUCUUCGCAGCACAAUCAUCGGUGGUUUCAUCUCCUCCCUCCAUGAGCGCCUUGGCUACGAAGUUGUUCGUAUCAACUACCUCGGCGAUUGGGGAAAGCAGUUUGGUCUUUUGGCUGUCGGCUUCCGGAGCUUCGGCAGCGAGACCGAGCUCGAAAGCGAUCCUAUCAACCAUCUCUUCCGGGUCUACGUUACCGUCAACAGCGCUCACUCCGCUGAGAAGGAACUUGCGGAUGCCCUCGCACUUAUCGAUACCUCAAACACUUCCCUCGAGGCCUCUGACAUUUCGGAUGAAGCUCGUGCUGAACUUACCAAAAAGAGAGAUGAAGCUCAGGCUUCCAUCCCCGCUCUCACAAAGGCCGCUAUCGACGCCGCCCUCGUUCUCGACCCCAACCACCCCCUGAAAGACGAGCUAGAUACCGAAUACUUCCGUGAACGUCCCAUCGACACCGAAGCCAAGGCUUACUUCAAGGCUAUGGAGGACGGCGACGAGGCUGCUCUAGCUCUCUGGAAGCGAUUCCGCGAGCUCUCCAUCAGCAAGUACACCAAGACCUACGAGCGAUUGAAUAUCCGCUAUACCGAAUACUCAGGAGAGUCCCAGAUCUCCAACGAGAGUAUGCAGUUCGUGAUUGAUCUUCUGGAAAAGAAGAAUCUGCUAUAUGUCGACCGUGGUGCGAAGUUGAUCGAUUUCAAGCCUUACGCGAAGAAGCUUGGUAAGGCUCUUAUUCAGAAAUCAGACGGCACUUCCCUCUACCUGACCCGUGAUCUCGGUGCCGCGCUCGAGCGUUACAACAAGUACAAGUUCGACAAAAUGAUCUACGUCGUCGCUUCUCAGCAGGAUCUCCAUCUCGCUCAGCUGUUCAAACUCAUGGAACUCUGCGACUUCCCAUGGGCCAAGAACAUGCAGCACGUCAAUUUCGGCAUGGUCCAAGGAAUGAGCACCAGAAAGGGUACCGUCGUUUUCCUCGACACCAUCCUCGAGGAGACCAAGCAGGCCAUGCACGAAGUUAUGAAGAAGAACGAGGCGAAAUACGAUCAGGUCGAGAACCCUGACGAAGUCGCUGACCUUGUCGGAAUCUCUGCCGUUAUGAUCCAGGAUAUGGCCGCCAAGCGCGUGAACAACUACAAGUUUGACUGGUCGCGAAUGCUUUCGUUCGAAGGUGACACUGGUCCAUAUCUGCAGUACGCCCAUUCCCGCCUUUGCUCGGUCGAGCGCCGCGCUGGAUUCUCUCGUGAGCAGCUCAUCAACGCGAACUUCGAUCUCCUCACUGAGCCCAUCGCUCAAGAGCUCAUGCGCAUUUUGGCGCAGUACCCUGACGUUCUUCUGAAUGCCGCUCGCACUAGCGAGCCAUCAACCGUCGUAUCUUUCCUCUUCAAGCUUACUCACACCGUCUCAUCGUGCUACAACAUCUUGUGGGUUGCUGGUCAAGAAGAGGAGCUUGCCAUCGCUCGUCUUGCUCUCUACUCUUCGGCCAGAGAGGUUCUGAACCGUGGUAUGAUUUUGUUGGGUUUGACUCCGGUCGAGAGAAUGUAAAAGAAAGUUUAGUGUACAUAUCAUUCUUGAUACUUUUGCUUCGGGUUAGCUGUUGUAUGCUUGUAUUAUUGCCCUAUUUUCAACAUUUCACAGUAAUAAAUAUGAAGGGGAAAAUUAU